AUGUCUAUUCAAGCUUCGCAAGCAAAUAAACAUAAAAGGAAACGUGUUCAUCGUUUACUUUGUGAAAAUUAUGUGUUUGGUUUACCAAAUGUUAGUGAUUCAUCUGAUUAUGAAGACUCAUCAUUUCAGCCAAAUGAGGAUAGUACUUCUAUUAGUGACAUUUCCUUGCUUUCGGUUUCACCAAAAGAUUCAACGUGUGAUGAAUCUUCAGUUAAAACUGAUUCAUGUUCUUCUGAUUUGAAUUUCGAUUGCUCAGCAGUUGAGCCGAAAAAAUCAGAAUAUGUUGAAGCUAUUUUAUCAUCGAUACUCGUAUGUCGAGGUGUUUGUUUGGCUUCAUGUGAAAAAAUUGUUAGUUUAUUCAAUAUGUAUUUGAAUAGAUUCUUUCCUGGUGAAAAUCAAUUACCCAACAUUAGAUACUUUUGGGACAAGCGAGCCAAGACAAAUUCCAUUGGAGUAUAUACAAUCUGUGAAUAUAAUCAUUUCCAUGGACCGUUUUUUGGUGAGCCCAAAAAUUUUGGAUCAAUGGUUUGUGGCGAACAAAAUUUACCUGUUUCACUUGAGCCUAAUAAAUACUUUCUGCACAUUUUGCUCAGAAAACAGUUGGAGAAUCAAUUACCCUCUCUACCUCUUUCCUGUUUAGAUGAAUCUAUUCAUGGAGAAACGGAAAUUUGCAACUCAGAGGAAGCGAAAAGAAUCAAGGCUCUUGGAAAAGACUCAUCGGUAAAAAGAUUGACAUUUACUCUUCAUGCAGAUGAAGUGGCUGUUGGUAACAGUUCAACUGCAGCUAUUUUUCCAAUCUUCAUAACAAUCAAUGAGAUGAACAAUUUAAUCCGCCGUGAAAAUUUUUUCCUAACUGGACUUUUUGUUGGCACUAAAAAACCGGCAGUAGAUCUAUUUCUUACUCCUAUUGUAGAAGAGUUGAAUUCAUUGGCAGAUUCACCUAUAACUUGGAAAGAUUCUAAUCAAGAAGAUGUUUCAGCAACAUUUCACCUGGUUGCUGUUAUAGCUGAUGCACCGAUGCGUGCUUACUUGAGAAAUGUAAGACAGUUCAACCAUAAACAUGGCUGUGAUUGGUGUCGAAGCAACAAGUCACAGGAAAGCUCGACUUUACAAAAUCUACCAAUUGAACAGAUUCAAGCUCUAUCAAGAACUAAAGAAGAUUUUAUUCUUUACGAAAAACAUCUUUCUGGAAAUAAUGAUAAUGGCGAAACUGAUAAAUUCGUUGGUAUGAUUGGUCUUUCACCUCUACUCAAAGUGAAUCAAUUCGACAUCGUCAGAGGAUUUGCAGUUGAGCCGAUGCAUUGCAUCGUUCUUGGUAUUUUUCGCUCACUCAUUUUGCGUGGAUGGUUGAAAAGUGAAGUGAAACAAGUCAUGGCAACUGGAAUUGAUCGAAACCUUUUCAAGCGUGAAUUUGGUUCUCGAUUACAAUCAGUUCGAGUUCCAACUGAAUUUCCACGACCAACAAGAAAUUUCGAUUAUCUCAAGUUUUGGAAGUCAUCUGAAUACGACAGUCUUUUGUGUUAUUAUUUUUUUUCUUGUGCUAAAGGAUUAAUUGCUCCUCGUGCCUUCCAUAACAUUUGCUGUCUUAUUAGAAUAUUUUCCAUUAUCAACUUUCAAGUUGUUGAUCUUCAAAUGAGAACCGAACUCACCAAUCUGAUCAGUGAAUUCCAAAAGGGUGUUGAAAUUUUAUAUGACAAGAAUCAACUCACAUACAAUUUACACAUAUUAUCUCAUCUCCCUGAGUCAGUAGCUGCAUUGGGACAGUUUGCAUCACUUUCUGCUUACCCGCUAGAAAACAAAAUGGGAAUUCUAAAGGAGAAAGUUAGAAGAACGUCUAAUGUUGCUCAGAAUCUUGUUCGAGUUUUCCUAAAUGAUUGUAAACACAAAGAAAUGAUGGAAUCUAAAGUUAAAACUUGGUGUUUGUCUGCUAAAGAACAUCGAGUUUUUAAAACUAAUCAUCACAAAAGUGAAAUAAUAACAACUAUAGCUGAAGAUUCAACUCAAGACAUUGAUGAAAGUCGACAAGUUAUUCGAGAUUUGCUGCUGUUACGAAGAUUUGAUUUCUAUGAUAGUUUUGAACAUAUUCAAUUCCAUAAAAUGUUUUACUUUUUCAACUAUUCCUACGCCUCACAUUCAGAAGCUGCAGCGGCUUCUGGAGCUGCUGCUAGUAGUUCGGGUACUAGUGAUGCUAAUGGUUCUUCUGGUUCAACAGCAACAUCAAGUACCAAAGAUUCUCAAUCAGGUAACGAUGGUGCUACUGCGAUGUCACAAGCUGCAGCAGGAGCUUCAGCGACCGAUAAUGGUUCGGGUACUGGUGGUUCUAAUGGUUCUUCGAGUUCAGCAGCAACAUCAAAUGCCAAUGGUUCUCAAACAGGUAACUACCCAAGUACUGCUAAUGCUGAUGGUUCUUCUAAAACAGAAACAACUGGAUCCAAUUCAAACGCAUUAGCUUCCUCUGGAGCUGAUUCAACUGGCACAACUUAUCCAGAUAUCUCACAACCCACAUCAAAUAUGUUGGCUUUAGAAAUACCUGAUCUAUCGUAUGGUAUUGGUGGUGUUGGUGCUGGUGUUGGUUUAGGUUUUUUCCCUUAUUCAGAUGACUCCAAUAUGCCUGAUGAAUCGCCAGACAUUAGUUCAAUUACAACUUCUCAAUCCGAGUCUGAAGCUUAUUCUGGUUCUGAUUCUGACGAGUCAGAUAUGAAGAAUACAAUUAUGUCAGUUCAAAUGGGCCCAGGUGCUCCUCAAAAUGCUCCUUCUCUGCCUGGUAUGGAUAUGGAUAUGUCAAUUAUAACUAAUUCAGCGAAUAGUAAUGCUAAGUCCGUUUCUCAUUCUGGAUCUGGUUCUGGUUCUGAAGCUAGUUCUGCUUCUGAAGCUGAUUCUGGUGCUGUCAAUGAUUCUGAAUCAGGUUCUGGCUCUAGUUCUAGCGCUGCUUCCAAUUCUAUCUCUAAAUCUAAGUCUAAGUCUAAAUCUGGUUCUGGUUCCGGUGCUGGUUCUGGUGCAAGUUCCGGUGCUGGUGCUGCUUCUGAUUCUAGUUCAGGUGCUGUCAAUGAAUCUGAAUCAGGUUCUGGCUCUAGUUCUAGCGCUGCUUCCAAUUCUAUCUCUAAAUCUAAGUCUAAGUCUAAAUCUGAUUCUGGUUCAGGCGCUGCUUCUAGUGCAAGUUCCGGUGCUGGUGCUGAUUCUGAUUCUGGUUCAGGCGCUGCUUCUGGUGCAAGUUCCGGUGCUGGUGCUGAUUCUGAUUCUGGUUCAGGCGCUGCUUCUGGUGCAAGUUCCGGUGCUGGUGCUGAUUCUGAUUCUGGUUCAGGCGCUGCUUCUGGCGCUGGUUCGACCGCUGGUUCUAGUUCUCGUUCUAGCUCGAAAUCAAAGGGCAAGAGCACUUCUGAAACAGGAGAUAAUAGUGGAUUAGGAAUGAUUCCUACUAGUAUGAUUGGUUCAACCAUUGGCGAUAUGAUGAAAACAGUCAAAAGUAGUUCUAGUAGUGCAACAUCAAUGACUAACUCUAUGACUGAUACUGAUUCUGGUGUUAGGAACGGUCCUGGUUCAAGUUCAAGCUCAAGUUCAAGUUCAGGAUCAACCGGUGGUUCACGUUCUAACGGUAAAAAAACUACAGGUUCAACCGCUCAAUCUUCCGCUGGUUCUUCUGCUUCAUCUACCAGUGAUGACUCAAAAUCAGGCAAAGCUCCUAAACCAACACUGGAUCUGGUUCAGGUUCUAGUUCAAGCUCAACUUCAGGAUCAAGUUCAAGCUCAACUUCAGGAUCAAGUUCAAGCUCAACUUCAGGAUCAACUGAUGAUUCAGGCUCUAACGAGGCAAAGCCCUAAAUCCAACACUGGAUCGGGUUCAGGUUCUAGUUCAGGAUCAAGUUCAAGUUCAAGUUCAACUUCAGGAGCAACCAGUGGUUCAGGUAAAGCUACUCAAUCCAACACAGGAUCUGGUUCGAGUGCUAGUUCUGUCUCUAACUCGGGCUCUAGUGGAAACUCACUGCGACCCUCGAAUAGUGUAGCUAAAUCAUCUUCAUCUUCAAAGUCCACCACAGACAAUAACGGAAAAGGGUAUUCCUCGGGUUCAGGGUCAUCAAAACAAGGAAAAGAUAAACCAAUUGGACCCAAUUCCUCUUCGAGCUCUUCUGCAACUUCAAUGGCAAACGCCAAUUCAGUUUCCAAGCAAAACUCAAAUCCAAAAGGUCCAUCAGAGUCUGAAAUCAUGAGUAUUAAAACCCCAGUAAUGGCUAUUGGUGUAUCAGCCCCUGCCAUGGCUGGCUAAAUGAAACUUUUCUUGUUCAUGUUUUAAGAAAAACGUUAAUAAUUCAUAAUAAAUAAAAAAUAUCAAUA